AAUGCAUGAAUUUGCAAGUCAGGUCGCAGAAUCGCAACCUUGUCCGUUUGUUCUCUAUCAUAUCAAAAACUAGGUGGCACCGACUGUGGACUAGUUUGGCUGAAAAAGCCACAAAAACACGCGGAGUCAUUUCCCCUCCGUAGAUCACUCAGCGAUCCCCUCCGUUUCGCUGCUACUGUACUUGCAAAAUAGUGCGCCCUACUGUCUCUAAUGCGCAUGACUGUACGUCGUAGUGUGAAGUAGGCCUCCUGUUUUUCUCCCUCACCCGGAGUCCUCCUGGCCCCCACCACCUCGAUGCAACGUUCAAGUAAGCAAAACACGGAGGCUGCUAUCGAUUAUUCGGGAAGGUGAGGUGUGGCUCAUGUAAGAAGAUUUGUCAGUGACAUUCCAGGAAGUUUGGUCGGCCACCAUGUCUUUUCCGUGGUCUGGUGCCCCCUCGUGACCCCAAUGACCUCAACGCCAGUUCUGACCGUAGAGUCAGCUUUGACCCCAAACCCUUUCUACGACCCCUGAAAAACCGUUAACUGACUGUGUGCAUAAGCUGCAUUGGGGUGGUCUUCCAAAUGCCUACCUCACGCCUAAAGAGCAAAUCACUGCAGCCACAGCCCUGAUCAGCAGCCACCAUGACAUCAAGCAUAGGGGAUGAUUGUAGCAUCUUUGAUGGGUUGAUGGAAGAAGAUGAAAAGGACAAAGCAAAACGUGUGUCCCGUAACAAGUCUGAGAAGAAACGGAGAGACCAGUUCAAUGUCCUCAUCAAGGAACUCGGCACCAUGUUGCCGGGCAACACCAGGAAGAUGGACAAGUCCACCAUCCUGCAGAAAAGCAUUGACUUCCUGUGUAAACACAAAGAGAUCGCAGCUCAGUCAGAGUCGAGUGAGAUCAGGCAGGACUGGAAGCCUCCGUUUCUUAGCAAUGAGGAGUUCACCCAGCUCAUGCUGGAGGCUCUGGAUGGGUUUUUUAUAGCAAUAAUGACUGAUGGGAACAUCCUCUAUGUCUCUGAGAGUGUCACCUCACUACUAGAACACCUACCGACGGACUUAGUGGACCAGAACCUGUUAAACUUCAUGCCAAUUGGGGAACACUCCGAUGUGUACAAGUCUCUGUCCACGCACCCCACCGACCCAGAGAGCCUUAGCACCGAUUACCUGAAGACUAAGAACCACAUGGAGUUCUGCUGCCAUAUGCUGCGAGGGGCCAUUGACCCCAAAGAGCCCCCUGUCUACGAAUAUGUUAAGUUCAUUGGCAACUUCAAGUCACUCAACAACGUUCCCAACAUGACGAGGAAUGGUCUAGCAGGGGUGUUACAGCGGUCACUACAACCUGCGUUCGAUGACCAAGUGUGCUUUGUAGCGACAGUUCGGCUGGCCAAACCUCAGUUUAUCAAGGAGAUGUGUACAGUGGAAGAACCGAAUGAAGAAUUCACCUCCAGGCACAGCCUAGAAUGGAAGUUCCUCUUCUUAGACCAUAGAGCUCCGCCAAUCAUAGGCUACCUGCCUUUCGAGGUUCUGGGAACAUCAGGGUAUGACUAUUACCAUGUGGAUGACCUGGAGACACUUGCCAAGUGUCACGAACACUUGAUGCAGUACGGUAAGGGGAAGUCUUGCUACUACCGUUUCCUGACUAAAGGUCAACAGUGGAUCUGGCUUCAGACACACUACUACAUCACCUAUCACCAGUGGAACUCGCGGCCUGAGUUUAUUGUCUGUACACACACAGUAGUCAGCUAUGCAGAGGUGAGGGCAGAACAGCGCAGAGAGCUUGGCAUUGAGGAGUCUAACCCAGAUGUUACUGCAGAUAAGAGUCAGGACUCUGGCUCAGAGUCACAGCUGAAUACGUCCAGCCUCAAGGAGGCUCUGGAGCGAUUUGACCACAGCCGAUCACCCUCGACUUCCUCACGGAGUUCCCGCAAGUCCUCAUCGCAUGUCUCUGACAACACUUGCACUUCAACAGCUUCUAAGCUACACAUGGACACGGCCACACCUCCUCGGCAGUCACUGGCCUCCACCAUGGAGAUAACAUCACAACGUCGCUCAUCCAUCAGCAGCCAGUCUAUGAGCUCUCAAACCACAGGCCAGAGUGUUACUCCGGGUAUGAUCACUCAACAACAGCAGCAGCAGCAACAACAACCACAGCAGCUACAGACAAAUGUACAGCCAGUGAUGGAGUUCUCAGCGCAGGUGAAUGCCAUGCAGCAUCUAAAGGAUCAGCUGGAACAGAGGACAAGAUUGAUCCAGGCCAACAUCCAGCGGCAGCAGGAGGAGCUGAGACACAUCCAAGAGCAGCUGCAGAGAGUCCAGGGACAGGGCAUACAGAUGUUGCUACAGCAACAGCAGGGUGGAGCGAUGAACGUGCAGCUCCCCCAGGUGGGGUCGAUCCAACAAACAACUACUUUGACCAAUCAUGUCCCGCAAACAACAAUUAACCCCGUCCAUUCAGGAACUCAGCAGCUCACUAUCCAGCAACAGGCACCACCCCCUCAGCAGAGCCUACAGCAGCAGAGCCUACAGCAGCAGAGCCUACAGCAGCAGAGCCUACAGCAGCAAACCAACACCCUCAAACAGCCCCAGCGUCAGCCCCAGCAACCUCCCCAGGCUCCGCUCCAGACCCAGGGCUCUGUAUCUGCUCCACUAUACAACACUAUGAUGAUUUCCCAGCCGGGGCAGCCAAACGUGCUGCAGAUCAGCACAAGCCUGCCGCAGAACAACACACAGCAAGGCACCGCUGUGGCCACCUUUACACAGGACCGACAGAUCCGGUUCCCAGCAGGACAGCAGCUGGUGACCAAGCUUGUGACAGCUCCGAUGGCAUGUGGAGCAGUCAUGGUGCCCACCUCCAUGUUCAUGGGACAGGUGGUCACUGCGUACAACCCCUUUGGUGGGCAACAGGGAGGGCAAACCCAGACCCUGACUCUGCAACCAGCCCAACCGCCCCAAGGUCAGCCAGACGGCCAAAAUCAGACGGCUGUAGUGGCUCAAAGCGGCCAGCAGGGGCAGCAGCAACAACAGCAAUUCCUACAGGGCACUCGUCUUCUCCACAGUAACCAGUCUACCCAGCUGAUUCUGCAGGCAGCUUUCCCACUCCAACAACAGGGCACCUUCACCCAGGCAACGCACCAACAGCAACCCCAGCAACCCCAGCAACAACAACAACAACAACAACAACAACAGCAACAGCAACAACAGCAGCAGCAACGGCAACAGCAGCAACAGCAGCAACAACAACAACAACAGCAGCAACAAUCUCACCACCAGAGGCACCAGCAGCAGCUGAAACCACAACCCCAGAAACAGCAGAAAGCCCCUUCAUCGCACAGGACUGACAGUGUCAGCAGCCAGCCACAGUAAAGCCUGCAGGAAAACUUGUUCAGUUAGAAAACCUGGGGAAUUGAAACUCUAAGGGAUUGCUGCAUACAUUUGUUCUGGAUGUGUGGCUGUAACAAACUUCCAUUUCCCCCAAAAUCGUUGCCCUCUCUUCUUCCAUCUGAAAGAAAAGAAACAGGAAAGAGGAAAGCCUCUGAGUCCGCAGGGAACUCAACAAAGAUUGUCACCAUGGCAACAGGAUGGAUUAAAAUCCCCCUUUCCCUCACCAGAGACGGAAUUGUGAGGGAGCUCCGGUCUCCGUGGCAACCUGACAAAUAUCCAGAGAACACCUUAUUGCCACGGUAACGAUAGACUUUUUUGAAGGUCUGUCAAAGUGGACUGACCUUGUACAGAUUUACUGUAUGAUAAAAAAACAACUUGUAAAUAUCCAAUAUAGCCUAACAGGAAACAGAAAUGUAGUAUUUUAUAUGAUUGCAUGGAAAAACUGUGUAAGCUUUUAUUAGUCGCUUUUGAAAACUUUUUACUUUGUUCAAGUGUUUUCUGGUCAAAGACAGAGCAAUGACGUGCUCUCUCAGAACCCCUUCUUCCCCCCCUUCUCUGAAAAAAAGAAAAGAGUCCAUAAUAAGGCUUUAAAUUUCUGUCAGUUUAUUUCAAAAAUGUUUGGGCUUGGGUUUUUUUGUGGAAGUUGUGUUUUUAAACACAAGACAAAAACAGAUCUUUUUAACUUUAUAAGUACACAUUAUGUUUGGCAAGAAACUACAGUUUAACUGAAUUCUUCGCAGGAUGAUCACUACGUAUAACGGGUUAAGUGAUUCCAAGUGCCAAUAACAUAGUCAAUUAUGUUGUUUUUAUUUCAAGCAGAUUAUUUAAAGAAGUAGAUAUAUUUUCCAACAAGAUAUUACCCUCUAAUAAAGUUAAUGCGUGUGUAUAUAGUAGGGAUUAUUUUUUAACAGUCAGAGAGCCCUAUACGUAACAAACAGUAUAUCCUCAACCUCCUGAAACUUUAGCACUUGAUGUGGUUGUGUACAGUAAAUCACUGUCGAGACCUAGUUGUUUGUAAUCUAUGGUGUGAUCUGUGAGCUAGUGUGUGUUUUUGGGAAUACAAUCUUCAUGUGCAUGAGUGGGCAUGAGAGUGUCUGUGGUUGGUGUGUAUGUGUGCUUGUUGCCCCUUGUGUCUUACAAUAAUUGACUUAGUAAGGGUUUGAAGUUGCUGGAUGGUACUUGUAUUCUCAGGAAUGUGGAAAGUUUUUUGCUUCUGCCUCAGUCUGGAACUAGACCAGGAAGGAUUAGACAGUGAUGCUGCAAAGACCAGAGGAAGAAGUGUGAUAAAAGGGUGUGGUGUGAGAGUAAAAAUAUGUUGUUUUCGUAAUGGGGGAUGGGGUUGUUGAGAUACGAUGAAGUAGAAAUAUAUAGAGAAAUAAUUUUCAGCUAUUCACCCAGAUUGGAAUAGAUUGACUUCAUUGUACCAGCGAACCUGUAUUUCUACUAACUGAUUCAUGGUCUUUUGUAUCAUCAGUGUUUCAUCCUUCUUUCUCUUCCUAGGCCUCAGAAACCCUCAUGCAGUUCAGUUAACUCGUCUUUUAGUUCUCAAACAGCAGUUGAAACCAGGGCUGUUCCCAAGUCCAUUUUAAAUACAUAUGGAAAUGGGCUCAGCCCCUCCACUACAGUUGUAAGCCAUAUCAAACAGAAAAGCCUUGGAUUGGAGGAAGUGUAAUGGUUGGCAAAGGAGCUUUUAGAAUGUGUUGUUUUGUCUAGUAAAGUGUGGUAAAGACUGUGUGUGUGUGUGUGUGUGUGUGUGUGUGUGUGUGUGUGUGUGAGAGAAUAUAGCGUCUCCUGUUCAUGAUCCUACUUCUCGUAUCACUCGGGGGUCAGUAUCGGUUUCCCCUGGCGAUAGCCAAUCAGUUCUUGCGUUGCAGUAUAAAGAAAUAAUUGUAAUAUUCAAGAAACUUCCUCUCCGGUUGGGCUUAGUAUUCUGCAAGCCCGUGUGUGGGACAGCUCAACUUGAAUACAUGUCUGUGUGUGAGAGUUUGUAUACAUGUUAACUGUCACUGUAACCCAUUAUAUUUUCAUACGAAAACAGAUGUGUGACUGGAAAGAAUGGAUGUUAGGCAAUGCAAAGCAUUGGUCACUUGUCAGGCUAUAAAAAAUAUGAGCAGUGUUAAUGUUUUACAAUGGCCGACUGCUCAACAAACACUUAUCACAACAACGACACAUAAGACCAGUCCCAAAUGGUAACCCUCUAAGAUAAGAUUUUAAUUUAGAAUGGCAAUUUGUGUGACAGGGACAAAUCCUCUUCUUGACUUUGUCCACAAAGAAGGAAUAGAAAAGAGGAUUCACAGUGAGGGUCUUACUAUUUGAACCAGGUCUUCCUUCCCAUCACAUAGCAAAUGUAGAUCCUCUAUAGACUAGUUUGUGUUUAAGGCAUCACUCUAAAGGGUAAUGUUGAAAUGUUUAUAGUUUGUCACUGAUACGCAGUCCAAAGAAUGUAAAGGUGUUUUAAAGAGACUAAUGGAUGUUGUAACUGUUGAUUAUGGAGAACCUUUGACAGGCUUUGUGAUGAAGGAAAACAUGUUUCUCACUGCAAGGAUCCACAUAUACAAUCUGAAAUGCAAUCUUAUUUACAGGCUUUGCAUUGUAAAAGAACCUCUGAAUGUUUUAACAUUACAGACUUUCUGUUUCUGUUUUUGUAACAAUCAUUUUCUGACAUCUUUUUGGAAAAAGAGUUUGAAAGCUGUUGAAAGGUGAGGUGUAGGAUAUUUGAAAUGGGACGCCAUAGACAAGACAGUGAGUCCCCCCCCUCCACAGAGAUACACAGAUCACAUUUCCACUACACAAUUUGGUUCUAAAGAGUCCUUGUUCUAGUAUAAUACUGUACACAUAUACAAAGCUAAGAACACCAGUAUUCAGUGUAAAACGGUGCUAUGCUUACCUGUACUGUACUGUAUGUAUGUAUGUAUGUAUAUCCAUUCUUCUGCUCUUGAACUGUGCUCCUUUAUCUACCCCAAAGUCAAAUGUAAUAAUAAUCAAUAUUUUGAAGCAAAUGUUUGCUAUUAUUAUAACUCCCCUCUCCACUCUUGGUCAAUUUGGAAAUAAAAACAGUUGCAAAUAUUAUAUGUGA